CCAACCACCCAAUCUCAUAAAAACCUCUGCUACCAACCCUCUCUAGUAUCAUUUCCUUUCUUCAUCACUAUGGAUCAACUCAAAAACCAAAAUGUAGAAACCUUGACUCACAACAUAAAAGCUCAUAACUAUCUAGUGAAGCUUACACAAUUAUUCGUUUCAGUAUCCCUUUGUUCCUUCAUCUUCUCGCCUUCUUCCUUCCUUCUUUUCUUCCAUUACAUCAAAUUCUAUUUCUCAACAUUCCCUUUCCAACUCUACACCCACAACAUAGACAAAAACUGCAUGUUUCUCCUUUGCAAUGGUCUCCUUGUUUUUGUUGGCAUAACUAGAUCUCUCUCAGGGUCUAAUUGUGAUGAAAAGACUUCUACGUAUAUUAAAGAUGGUUCACAUUCACAGUCUCACUUCUCAGUUAUUGAAACCAACGAGCUAAUGUUAGAGAUAGUAGAAACCGAGGAGAAAAGUAGUGAGCAUGAUGAACAGAACAUUGCAGCAGAACAAGUAAUAGAAAUAGAAACCUGUGCUGAAGAAGUGCAAGAAGACAUUGAGAAGAUAAUUUUGGUAGAUGAAGGACAAGAGAAAGGAAGUAGCCUAGUUUUGAAAGAAGAGGAGGAGCUAGAUGAAGAAACUGAAUUAUUGGAUGUAGGUCAUGAAGAUGAAGAAGAAGAAGACAAAGGGUCAGAAUUUGAUUACUUUCUGAUUGAAGAGAGCAUGGAAGAGGAAGAAGAAAAUGUAGAAGAAGAAGAAGAAUGCUGUAUGUUGAGCACAGAGGAGUUGAACAGAAAAGUUGAAGAUUUCAUUAGAAAGAUGAAGGAAGAUCUAAGAAUUGAAGCUCAACGGCAAUUAGUCAUGGUUUGACUUAGUAGUAACCAUGAACUUUUUUUCUUUCUUAGGGAGGCCUAGUAUUUGUUAGGUCUUUCUUCUUUUCUGUUUUCUUGCUCCACUUUUCUCGAACUUUAGUUGUAUUUGUAUGUAAUAUGAAUCUCCUGAGAUUUUGCAAAACUAUUCCUCUGCUUUUCCCCUAUGUUGCAAGCACCAAAGAGCAAGCUCUGGAA